AUGGACUGGGAGGCGCGGACGCGUGCCGCGCUGUGCGCCGCGCGGGGCGUGGCGCACCUGCACGCGGCGCACGGCCUGGCGCACGGCGACAUCAAGUCGUCCAACCUGCUGCUGCGCCCGGACCCCGACGCGGCCGCGCUGUCCGACUACUGCCUGCACCAGCUGUUCCCGCCGGCGCCCGCGCGCCCCGGAAGCGGGGCCGGGGCCGGCGGGGGCGGGUACCGCGCGCCGGAGCUGGUGGACGCGCGCCGCCCGACGUUGGCGUCCGACGUGUACGCGCUCGGCGUGCUGCUCCUGGAGCUCCUGACGGGCAGGUCCCCCGCGCACCACGCGGCGUCCGGGUCCCUGGACGGCUCCGGCAGCGGAGCACUGGACCUCCCGCGGUGGGUGCAGUCGGUGGUGCGCGAGGAGUGGACGGCCGAGGUGUUCGACGCGGAGCUGGUGCGGGCGGGCAGCGGCGCCGCGGAGGAGGAGAUGGUGGCGCUGCUGCAGGUGGCCAUGGCGUGCGUGUCCACCGCGCCCGACGCGCGGCCCGGCGCACAGGACGUCGUCAGGAUGGUCGAGGAGGUAAUCGGCGGCGGGCGCACGACCACGGAGGAGAGCGACGGGACCAGGGGCGCGUCGGAGGAGGAACGGUCCAGAGGCCCGACGCCAUGA